AUGGAGACUGGAGUUGCAAUUGUGGUGGCAAAACGAACGGGAAUAAUUUCACCAACAGCGUUCUUAGAACCAUUUGAUACAGCUUCUUGGAUGCUCGUUGGAGCAGUUGCAAUACAAGCAGCAACAUUUUCAAUAUUCUUCUUUGAAUGGCUAUCGCCUAGCGGUUUCGAUUGUUCAACUGGACUUAAUUCAAAACGAGUGCCGCAAAAUCGUUUUUCACUGUGUCGGACAUAUUGGAUUGUGUGGGCAGUAUUGUUUCAAGCAUCUGUACACGUGGAUUCUCCUCGGGGUUUUACGGCCCGUUUUAUGACGAACAUGUGGGCUAUGUUUGCAGUUGUGUUUCUCGCUAUUUACACUGCGAAUCUUGCAGCAUUUAUGAUAACACGGGAGGAGUUUCACGAAUUGAGUGGAAUAGACGAUCCUCGGAUAUCACGGCCCUUAUCACAUAGGCCCGCUCUCAAGUUUGGUACGGUGCCGUGGUCGCAUACCGAUGCCACUUUAGCAAAAUAUUUUUCAGAACCACACGCAUAUAUGGCGCAAUACAAUCGUAGCACUGUGAGCGCUGGUGUUACAAGUGUAUUAACGGGUGAAUUAGAUGCGUUUAUAUACGAUGGUACUGUAUUAGAUUACUUAGUCUCCCAAGACGAAGAUUGCAGAUUAUUGACCGUAGGAUCAUGGUAUGCUAUGUCGGGUUAUGGCUUGGCAUUUACUCGAAAUUCAAAAUACCUUAGCAUGUUCAACAAAAGAUUAUUAGAUCUACGUUCUAAUGGAGAUUUAGAAAGAUUAAGAAGGUACUGGAUGACAGGCACUUGCAAGCCUAACAAACAGGAACACAAGUCAUCGGACCCGCUCGCCUUAGAGCAGUUCCUGUCGGCAUUUCUAUUGCUGAUGGCUGGCAUUCUGCUGGCAGCUCUCCUGCUGCUUCUAGAACACGUGUAUUUCCGUUAUAUGCGUACGCAUCUAGCUGCUUCCAGUGCCGGCUCGUGCUGCGCUCUUGUGUCAUUGUCCAUGGGACAAUCUUUGUCGUUCCACGGUGCUGUGGUCGAAGCUGCGUCACGAGGGUUUGGAGCUGGAGGUCGUGGACAUUGUCGUUCCGCGGUUUGUGCCGCACAGGUUUGGCGUGCACGUCACGAGCGCGAUGCGGCAGUUGCGCGUGCCCGGCAGCUAGCGGCGGCGUUGGCGGCGCACGGGUUGCAACCGCCACCGCGUAGGCUUGCUUCCGCGGCCGCGUUGCUGGCGGGCGGCGAGCACGAUGCCACGCGGCCCCGCACACUGCACGCGCCCGCCGACCUCCUGCCUGAUCUCGACCGUCCACUCUCUUGUGGAGAUUUGCGCGCGAGAGAGCGGACACGAGUAGAAAUGGAAACAGUGCUGUGA